AUGCUACUGACGGUCUUGGUGGCCAUCUCCACCCUUGUCACCAUCCUGCUACUGCUGUUGCCUUCUCCGAGGCAUGCUGCUGAUCAACAAUGUUCGGUCCAAGUCGUGGUGCUGGGCGACCUGGGCCGCAGUCCGCGGAUGCAAUAUCAUGCUUUGAGCAUCGCGACCCAUGGUGGCAGAGUCCAGCUUGUUGGGUACAGAGAAACUGAUCCAUUGCCCGACCUGGUCGCCCAUCCCGGUGUCACGAUCGUUCCGUUGACACCGGCUCCACGAUGGCUCCAAACCCGCAACAAGCUAUUGUUUCUUUUAUUUGGACCGCUGAAAGCCCUUCUGCAGACAUGGACGCUUUGGAACACUCUGGGCUACGCUACUGCUCCCUGUCAAUGGAUGCUUGUCCAGAACCCGCCCUCAAUACCUACCUUAUUGGUUGUUACUAUUGUCUGUUUCUUUCGUCGAACCCGGCUCAUCGUGGACUGGCAUAAUUUUGGGUAUUCCAUUCUGGCUCUGAAGCUCGGCGCAAGCCACCCUCUGGUCCGGAUAUCCAAGCUGUAUGAACUCAGUCUGGCAAGGGCAGCGACUGCAAAUUUUACUGUCACAGAUGCCAUGGCUCGGGUUCUGAAGUCGGAUUACAAGAUCACUGCUCCCAUUUUGACACUGCAUGACCGGCCAGCAGACUUGUACCAGCCUCUUACAGCUUCAAAGCGAGUCGCCUUCUUGCAGCGUUAUCCCCUCAUUCGAGAGCAAUUCAAUGCUAUUGUAGAGGCAAAGGUCAGGUUGCUCGUGUCUUCAACCUCUUGGACGGCUGACGAAGAUUUCGGCCUGCUCCUGGAUGCCCUUUGUAGCUACUCUGCCAGCGCCACCUCUUCUCAUCCCCAGCUUCCAGAACUUGUCGUUGUGAUCACAGGUAAAGGUCCUCAAAAGCAAUAUUAUCUCGACAAGAUUCUAGAGCUGCGGUCAGCACAAGCUCUGGAAAUGGUGCGCAUUUAUACCGAUUGGCUUAGCUUCGAGGACUACGCUCUUCUCUUGGGCUCUGCAGAUCUCGGUGUGUCCCUACAUACCAGCAGCAGCGGGGUUGACCUGCCCAUGAAGGUAGUUGAUAUGUUUGGUGCUGGUCUUCCUGUGGCAGGCUGGAGCAGAUUUGCGGCAUGGGUGGAGCUAGUGACGGAAAACGUCAAUGGCAAAGGCUUCGGCAGCUCAGAAGAAUUGGCCGACAUUCUUCGUGCGUUGUUUGAUCCCGGGUCACAACAACUCACACGGUUAAAGCAAGGAGCUAUAAAGGAGAGUCAACGUCGAUGGGGCUCCGAGUGGGAUCCUGUGGCUGGCAAGCUUUUUGGUCUUGCAGACUGA